AUGCAGUACAUGUUGGGCUUGAUGUUGGUGAUGUUCGAUGCGCUGAAGACUUCGCAGGGCGCAACCCUGACACUCCUCGACGAAAUCUUCGAUGGCAGCACCCAGUUCCAGAUCUCCAACAACUUCUUCUCGGACGGAAACAAUGACUUUUUUGGCAUCCUCAGUGCUGACGGCACAACAGGUCUCUUCAGCGGGGGACCCGGGGAUGUGUCAAGCGCUUUGCCAGGGACCGAGACUGGCAGGGUGAGCAGCAAUUUCCAAGUCUCCGGCUUUGACAAUGCCUACUUGGUAGCUCAAGAUCUGGAUGGCGAAGGGGGCCCCAAAGAGGUGACGGUCACUUGA